CAAUAUUCUAAAAGGUCGGUAGUACAGGUCAGUAGGUAGUCUUUGAUCAGUCGGUCCUUAGUUUGGAAAAAAAUGGCGCGGCUGUUGAGCUGUUUGCUUUUGCUGGUAGCAGCGGUUUAUGGCCGACAUGAAAAAUACGAAGGGCAUCAGCUCUAUGUAGUCGCUGGAGCAUCCAAUGAGUUUGUUGAAUUAGAGGCAAAAUUAGACUUCCUUUCAAUAAAGCCUGCAGCAACUACAGCAUCAGGACAAGUGGAAGUACUCUUGAGACUGUCACCAGAAGAAAGAAAUGGCUGGCUUAAUUAUUUUCAGAGCAAACGUAUGCCCUAUACAUUAGUCGCUGAUAAUUUAGCUGAUAUAUUUCGGGAAGAGGAUUUGAAACAACAAGCUGCUAAGCUUAAAACUUCUGCUAAAAAUGGCAACAGCUCUAUGACAUGGGAGAGGUAUUACGACUAUCAAGAGAUCAAUGACUACUUGGACAGUCUUGCUGCAGAAUACCCCCAAAUAGUGACAUUAAUUAACGCCGGUUUAAGCUACGAAGGGAAACAGAUUAAAUACGUGAGAAUUUCGUCAAGUCGUUUUGAAGAUCUUCGUAAACCAGUCAUCGUAAUUGAUGCUACCAUACAUGCUAGAGAAUGGGUCACCCCUCCGGUUGCUUUAUAUCUAAUUCAUAAGUUGGUUGUGGAUGUGACAGACAGCGAUCUUGUGCAAAACAUUGACUGGAUUAUCAUUCCAAUGGUCAAUCCAGAUGGCUACGAUUAUUCAAUGAAAGAGGAUCGCUUAUGGCGGAAAACGCGAUCAACAGCACACGAAGGUAGCGACCAAUGCCCCGGUGUCGAUGGAAACCGUAACUUCGAUCAUUACUUCGGAACCAGACCUGCCAGCGCCGAUCCUUGCUCGAUUAUCUUUGAAGGUCCUGCUCCGUUCUCUGAACCAGAGACAAGAAUCAUACGAGAUGCAAUCUUGAGACAUUUAGAUAGAGUCCGGCUUUACAUCACAGUUCACAGUUAUGGAAAUAUGUUCUUAUACGCCUGGGGAAAUAAUGGAACUCUGCCAUCAAAUGGUCUCAUGUUGCAAGUUGUUGGUGUAACAAUGGCGCAGGCCAUAGAUAAACUAAAACUGGAUAAGGCACCGCUGUACAUCGUUGGAAACGCCGCUCAAGUUUUAUACUACACUACGGGUACAUCCAGAGAUUGGACUCGUGCUAUCGGCAUUCCUUACACUUAUACGUUGGAGCUCCCAGGAUAUGAAUACGAAUUUGUAGUGCCUCCAGAAUAUAUAAAACAGAUUGUCACUGAGACGUAUGCUGGCUUCGUAGCAGGGGCGCGAUACGUUCAUUCUAUUUAUAAUAAUUAAACAUUUUGUCUGAAUUUAUAAAAAUCUUCAAUGUC